UUCUAAUAUUAAUACUUGAAUUACACAUAAUAUUAUGGAAUUUCAUCUUUUGUCUAAUCAGUAACUAUUUGUGAUAUUGGUGGCUACACAUUUAUUCAGGAAAUGAAUAGAAUAACAUAUAAUUUUAAGGAAACAUAAGUACAUACGAUGGCUAUGUGGAUUCCAGCAUUUGAUAGAAUAUUCAACAGUUUUACAUGAACCUAAAUUCUGUGCGAAUGUGUGCUAUAUGGACAAACUCAUACCUUUGAAAAUACAAAUCAGAUUCAACAAAUUGUGUAAAUAUUAAAACAAUAAAAAUUAUAUAAAAUCGGACUAAAUAAAUUUUGUAAGAAAUGAGAGUAGGAAAUAAGUUAGGGCAGCGUAGACAAGAAAAACUAGGAAUUGACACAAGUUAUCUACAGCAAACUUCUGAACUCAAUCAAAAAUUAAAAAGUAGGGGAAGUAAAAGCUUAGAUGAUGAUGAUGGUUUGGGAUCUGUAGGCCCGUCAAAUCUUCAAGUAGGUAGUACUGGAAUCGCUCCAGGACUUUCACAUGCGCUUGCAAGCGCUGGAAUGGGAGCAUUGAUGGGUGUAAUGGGUGGAAUAGGCUCUGGUGGAAUGGGUAUGGGAGCUAUGGGACCGAUGCCAGGGAUGGGUGGAAUGCCUGGAUUGCCUCCAUUGCCUCCGGCGGCUGCUAUGAGGGGAAUGGGACCAAUGGGCGGUAUGAGGGGAAUGGGACCAAUGGGUGGUAUGGGACGUCCUAUGAUGAGAUGAAAUAUUGAUUCAAUACUAAU